UGUUUCCUCUUUGCCCUGUUCUCCACUUGUAUUUAGUGUCUGCAUCUUCCUAUACUCCUUGUCACAUUGUACCCUCUUUGUGCUGCGUCUCCUCCCUUCGUGCCCCAAGUAUUCUUAGUUUCUAGGUGCCUGUUCCCCAGUUCUGCAUUUGAGCACGCCGUGACAGUGAGUCUCUGCCUCUGAGCUGCUUCACUUUUACUUUGGUGGAGUUUGCAGAACUGCCUCCCUCUCCUGCGUUGCUGUGAUCUACUCAGCAGAGGAUUUCAUACUCAACCAGUCAUACACCAUGGAGAUGUUCAACCAAUCAUACAGCAUGGAGAUGUCCUACUAUGAAUAUUACUAUAAUGUCAGUGACUACCUAGAUUAUGAUGGAUUUUGUCUUUUUCACAACAACCAGAAUGUGGUGAAGGUGAUCAUACACUCCAUCUUCUGCAUCCUGGGCCUCGUGGGGAACAGCCUGGUCAUUGUCACCUACGCCUUCUACAAGAGGAUCAAGUGCAUGACUGACAUCUACCUGAUCAACGUGGCCGUAGCCGACCUGCUGUUCGUGCUGGCGCUGCCGUUCAUCGUCUACAACGAGCUGUGGUCGUGGCCGAUGGGGCAGGUGGCCUGCAAGCUGCUGCACGGCUCCUACAGCGUGAACCUGUACAGCGGCAUGCUGCUGCUCGCCUGCAUCAGCACUGACCGCUACAUCGCCAUUGCCCAGGCUCGGCACAGGCGCUGGCUGUCGUACAGCUCCAUCAUCUGCGCCAUCGUCUGGAUCUUCGCUAUACUCGUGUCCGUCCCCACCUUCUACUUCUAUAAUUGGUACGAGCCAUCAUACAUGAAUGGCAUCAUAUUUGACGAUGAUAACCAAACUGAUAUCCAGAGCUUGACUCCUGUGUACGUCUGUGAGAUCAAGUUUGAAGACCCAGCCACGGCGGUGAAGGUGGCCGUCCCCAUCACCCAGAUCAGCGUGGGUUUCUUCCUGCCACUCUUCAUCAUGAUCUUCUGCUUCAGUGGCAUCAUCAUCACCCUGCAUAAGGCCAAAACUCUCCAGCACCACAGAGCGGUGUGGGUGAUGCUGGUGGUUGUGGCUGUUUUUAUCAUCUGCCACCUGCCCUACAACAUACUGCUGCUGUACGACAUGGUCACCAUGUUUCAGGAGCGCUCCUGUGAGGAGGCGGACAUGCUGCAGAUGGCCCUGACAGUGUCGCAGACCAUUGCUUACAUGCACUGCUGCCUGAACCCGAUGCUGUACGCCUUCGUGGGGGUGAACUUCAGGAACCACUUCAGGAGGAUCUUCAGGGACCUGUGGUGUCUUGGAAAGGCCCCACACCGCUUCUCCAGAGUCACCUCUGACUUGUCCUCCACUCCACUGCACUUGAUGGACGGAUCCAGCAACAGUGCUACUUCUUUCACCAUGUGAAGACAUCCGUGGAUGGAUCUCAGAAGAUCCAGGUCUCUAACACCCGAAUCUGGUAAUCCCAAACCUGAUUCACGUGUGUCGCACCGACAAGAUUCCUCAAGAUAACGAGAUCUAACGCCGAGCUGCACCUCUUAUUCUGAUUCAUUAUUUUAAUCGUGAAAUAUCCAAACUCCUGCAUUUUCUUUCUUUUGUGAUUAUUUUGUGAGUGAUGACUGUCAAUGUUUUGUCACCUGAAACAGGCGGCUGAACGUGCAGAACUGUGAAAAAACAUCUGAUUUAAACUCGUCUGAUCUCUCCUUCAUGGCGGCCUCCUCGUGCACCUUCGACCUUUUUUCAGCACUGCUGCUGUUUUAAGGAUGCCCUGGCGCCAUGCACAGCUCUGCUGACAGUGUGACUGUGGGCGGUGAAUUCACUGUGUUUCAUGCAUGUUUUAGCCUUUACCUGACCUGGAGAUCAGAGUGCGUCUCUUCACCAAUGUUCACAUUCUUACAAUAAAAAUGCACUAAAAUGUUGGUAUUCAGUUUAAUCAGUACAGUAAAUGAUGUCAGAAAUCACCUGGGCGUUUCCUUUGCAAAAUAGUCAAACAAGAAAAAUAUUCCAAUAAAAUAUUGUAAAUACA